CGGGAUAGCACAUUAAACACGAACAAUGGCGGAUCUCCACUACAACGUGACCGGCUAUCCCUUCCACCACGACAACGACACAGAUAUGUUUGGCUACGUUCCGUACUCUGAGAGACCAGAGACCUACAUUGUGCCCGUCGUCUUCGCCGUCAUCUUCCUGGUGGGAGUCUUGGGCAACGGCACCCUUGUCUUCAUCUUCGCUCGCCACCGCACCAUGAGGAACGUCCCCAACACCUACAUCUUCAGCCUAGCCUUGGGUGAUCUUCUAGUAAUCAUCAGCUGUGUUCCCUUCACCUCCAUCCUGUACACCAUAGAGUCUUGGCCGUGGGGAGAACUGAUCUGCAAGCUGUCAGAAGCCACCAAGGACAUCUCAAUUGGAGUUUCAGUGUUUACGUUGACAGCUCUCAGUGCAGAGAGGUAUUGCGCUAUAGUGAACCCAAUCAGGAGUCAUAUAUCCUCGAAGCCAUUAACCAUUGUGACGGCGGUGUUGAUAUGGAUAAUGUCAAUGAUCUUAGCACUUCCAGCUGCUAUAUUCUCAAACGUACAGACAGCAGAUGUUCAAGAUAAUCACACUAUAGAGUACUGCUCUCCGUUUCCCAAAGAAUACGGGAGCACCUACGAAAAAGGUGUUGUACUUUUUAAGUUUUUAGCGUACUACGCUAUCCCGCUGUUUGUCAUUGCAGGAUUUUACAUAUUGAUGGCUCGCCAUCUAAUGUUGAGCACGAGAACCCUUCCUGGUGAACACAACCCGAGCAAAUCUGCCAUGAACCAAAUACAAGCUAGGAAGAAAGUGGCGAAGAUGGUGUUGGCUUUCGUUAUGAUCUUCAUCUUCUGCUUCCUUCCCUACCACAUCUUCAUGUUGUGGUUCCACUUCUACCCGUCAUCACAUGACGACUACGAUGACUUCUGGCACGCGUUUCGCAUCGUCGGGUUCUGCCUCAGUUACAUAAACUCCUGCAUCAAUCCCAUCGCAUUGUACUUUGUCAGCAAAGCUUUCCGCAAACAUUUCAACCAGUAUUUGUUCUGCUGUGUUCGUGCUACUAACGAGAUCGGCGACAACACCAUCAACAACCUCAACAGCUCUAUAUCGUUUCGCAGACACAACUCUGUGAUGACAAGUCAUUACUCUAUCAGUCACAGUGACAAGUCCUGACGGUUCGUGUGGUGCGUGGACAAGUUCGAAGGUAACUGACACCCACCGCCUCACAGUAUACGUGUGGUAUACAACACUCCCUAGACCAGGGUUUGUAUUUAGGUGUAACCUGUGAAUUUGUAGUGAAUAUUGACUGCCAAAAACAUAUUACUAUGUGAACUACUUAAACUGUAUAUAAGUUAUAAAAGCACUUUCUCCGGUUUUGUGAAUAAAAACAAACAUUGUUCAAAACGUUUUAUUAGCGAUUCAUGAGUAUGAAGGACAAAACUUUACAGAAAUAAAAAUUUUCCAUUUGAGAUAUAUUUCAAAAAAUAUGAAUUCAAUUUAGGUAUUAACAAUAUUUCAACACGGCAGUUUUACAGCCAUCUUAUGUGUGUAUAUUA